AUGAGCGUGCAUUGGGCUGGUCGCCCUCUCCGCGACGGAUGCUCGCGCUGCCGGAACGGAACGGCGGAAGGGGUAGCAGCGAGCGAGGAUUAUCAGCAAAGGGAGAAUUACAUCAGCUCUUCAGCGAUUAUAAAUAGCGAGUCCCUUAAGGCGCGGGCGCAAGUUUCCGGGCUGGAAGUGUGCCGCUUCCGCCGCGAGCGGUCGUUGACGCGUGCAUUGUGGCUGCCACAUUCCCCGCCGGCGUCGACGACGUUUUUAAAUAGAGGACCGAUUACGAGCGUCUGGCUGCGGCGCCGGGCACAUGACCGCGCGAAAGUGCAGCGCCCCCCGCGUCACGGGCUAUUUCCAAUGUCGCCUCCGCGGCCCGGACCGGCAGCACGCUCCCGGACCUCUCUUACGAUCUAUUUAACUAACAAUCAUCUAUGGCACGCUGGACCCAAACGGCACGGCUGA